GCACACCCACCCGGUAGCGACGCCUCAAGAAGCGAGUUCACGCGACCCGCGAACGAACGCACCGCCGGAAUCGAAUCCGAUCCAAACGCGUCGUCGCCCGCCUCGCUCCAGUCGCGACGCGCCAGAUCGUACCGCGCUUCGCCCAACGCGACGUACUUAGGGUUGCCACGAGAUCUCGGGCGGUCGUCGCGGAGUCCGCGCGGAGGGUGAGGACGAGAGUUUACGCUCGGUGCAAACGCACGAGACGCGCGCGCGAUGGACGUCAUCUUCGGCUUCGUGGGCGAUAAGUUCGCCGUGGUCGUCAGCGACACCAUGGCGGUCCAGCAGAUCAUCAUCAACAAAGACGACGAGGACAAGACGCUGGAGCUCGACUCGCACAAGCUCAUGGCCAUGUCGGGACCCAAGGGCGACUGCGUCUACUUCGGCGAGUACAUCCAGGCCAACAUGAAGCUCUACGAGCUGCGCAACGGCAUGAAGCUCUCCACGCACGCCGCGAGCUCGU